UAAACAUUAAACCACCGGCGACCACCUUUCUUGAAAGAGUACUCCCAAAUUCCCAAUUAUCCCAAACCCAAACCCGAACAUCGAACCAGACGCUUCAAUUCUUUGUAGUUUCAGACGAUAUCAUUCUCCCUCUUCUCUUCAAGUUCGACACUCAAAUUUAAGGGUUUUCUGUUGGAGAAGGGUUGGCCUUUGAAUUGGGGCUGUUGCGUUGGUUUCUGUUGCUGGACCGGCCGAAUUGAUGGUGCAGUUGAUGAAAUCGGGAGAUCUCCCACCAGAACUCCAUACGAUGCCAUGUACAGAAAAGGUACCGGUGAAGUUGGAGAUUGAGGACUCUUUAGAAGAGGAGCAUGGUCCGCUCAACAAACGUCCUAAACCCUCUCCUGCUUUUCAAGAGAGGAGUGUUGGGGAUAAUGAGUUUGCUGUUCAACCGUCACAAUACAAUCCACUUGAUGAGCCUAGCCCCUUGGGUUUGAGGCUCAGAAAGAGCCCAUCCUUAUUAGAGUUAAUUCAAAUGAAGCUUGCUCAAGGGAGUGCUUCUGCAGCUGGAGCGACAGAGAGCAAAAAUCUUAACUCUGGAGUUAAAAAGGAAUGUAAAGCAAAUGCUCCAUUAGGGACGGUGGAUAAGCUGAAGGCUUCGAAUUUUCCAGCUUCACUUCUAAGGAUUGGGGGUUGGGAGUAUAAAUCAAGAUAUGAGGGAGAUUUAGUGGCGAAGUGUUACUUUGCUAAGCAUAAGCUUGUUUGGGAAGUUCUCAAAGGUGGUCUCAAGAGUAAAAUAGAAAUCCAGUGGUCAGAUAUUAUGGCUCUGAAAGCAAAUUGUCCUGAUGAUGGACCUGGUACUUUUACUGUUGUGUUGGCUAGACAACCCCUGUUCUUCCGGGAGACUAACCCUCAACCUAGAAAGCACACAUUGUGGCAGGCAACAGCAGAUUUUACUGGUGGACAAGCUAGCAGUUAUAGGGAACAUUUUCUGCAAUGCCCGCAAGGAUUAUUAAACAAACAUUUUGAAAAGCUUAUCCAGUGUGACACACGACUUUGUGUCUUAAGCCGGCAGCCAGAGAUUGUUUUGAAAUCACCAUAUUUUGAACCAUGCUCUUCUGCUUUUGAAGAUCCAGGUGAAUGCAAAGGUCAUGGUUUUGGUCAACUGGGGAAUGGACCAAAUGGUAAAGGUUCGUCUGUUGCUGGUUUUCAAGAUAUAGCAUCACCAUCUGCAAGCCAGUCAUCUUCUUUGAAUAUUGACCAGCAGGAUACAGCUUCUAUGGCAUUCGAAUAUCAGUCCAGAGAAGCGCCUUCCCCCAGCUCAGUUAUGGAUGCUCGUGCAAUGGAAGGAAAUGGCAGUUCAGAAGCUGUUAAUUCCAGAGAGGACAGAAAUUGGGAGCAAAUAAAAGUCCCUGGGCUUCACUCAUCAAUGUCGAUGAGUGAUCUUAUGAGUCACAUUGGAAACUGUAUUUCAGAACAAAUGACUUCUGGAAAUCCGCCAUCUGCUGAUCAGCAGUCAGAAUACCAGUACAUGCUAGAGGACAUUGCACAAUACCUGCUGAGCGACACUCAAUUUACAACAGCUUCAGAUGAGAAAUCGCUCAUGUCAAGGGUCAAUUCUCUUUGUUGCCUUCUGCAGAAGGACCCUGCUGCAGCUCAUACACAGGUUGAUGGUGAUAGUUACGUUGAAGGAUCAGGUAGUGGAAGGGAUGUUCAACCCAAUCACACUCCUGAUAAUAAAUCUGGAGCUGUUAUCAAGGACCCUGAAGACGGUGUUUCCAACAGGAAGAAGGCACCAGGAAUGUCAAGAAAAGACUCCUUUGCGGAAUUGCUGUUUCAUCUGCCUCGGAUUGCCUCACUUCCCUCACUUCCGAAAGUCUUGUUUAACAUUUCCGAAGAAGAUUGCAAGAGUCAAGCGAGCUAGAUGCCUUGUUUUAGUCCACAGUGCAGAUUGGGUAGAGAAAUUUUUUUCUCGCUUGUUCCCUUUCACAAAUGUACAGAGUAAAGAUAUGCCGGAGGUUUAAUGUUGUUUGUUGUCCUGUCACCGUAGCAUGCAUAAUCUUGAAAAGUUUUGGGAUUCGGAGAUUUAUGUUGAUGAAGAAUCCUGAAGGUCUCUCAUUGUAAAAGUUCACUUGUUACGGUAGGGUUGUGCUCGUUCUUGUUCUCGUUCUCAUAUUAUUCCAUGGGUUAAUCAACUUUUGAUUCAGGGAA